AUGGCGAUCCCCACAUCGAAAGACGAAGGCCUCCUCGAGGAUGAGCAAGCCCCUGCUGUCGCUGCUGCGCAAGACCAAGAGCUUGUGGCAGGUAGUGAUGUCGGAACGGCUGCUCUGAGCAAGAAGAAGAAAAAGAAGAAGAAAAAGAAGUCUUCGCAGCAACACAACCAGCUCGCGGAAGUCCAGCUUUACGAGACGAUCAAGGACCUGGACACCUUCAAGGUCACCGAGGACAGCGUUUCUGGUCGAUGUGUGAUUGCCUCCAGGGACCUCAAGGCCGGGGAAUUGGUCCUGCGCGAACCUCCGUUCGUCAAGGUUGUGCGUCGCGACUGUGCUUCCCGGCAGUGCGCCUACUGCUGUCAGCAAGUCACCGAGCAGGGAAAGAUCGAGGCGGAUGUGCCGUUCGCGGUCUACUGCAGUCGCGCGUGCCAAGCACAGGAGGACGCCCUUCGCGCGGCGGAAGCUAGCGCUCUCGGCAAGCUUGCCGGUAUCAGCGCCGCGAGGGACGUGGACAUUGACCUACUCCGAAUGCUCCUUCGGCUGCUGAUCACGAGGGCGAAAGCGCUUGGUCUGCGUGAACCGAGUGGCGACAGCGAUAGCGCUAGCCGAGGCAUAGACGAGGAAGGCGAGGGUGGCACGAUUGGGGAGGGCUUGUUCCUGCGUCAGCAGUGGCACAACCUGUAUGCUCUCAUGCACCACCGGGAGGCCAUGGCUCCGGAGUGGAUCUCCGUCGUAAGGGAAUCGGGGGAGGAUUUGUUGCACACUUUGCCGGAGUGGAUUCGCUUCGACGUGGAGGAAGUGGUGCAGCUGGCCUGUCGAGUCAACGUGAACGCCCAUGGCUUGAGGGACGACUCGGGGUCGAAUCUCGUCAUCGGUGUGGGCAUGUUCCCGCUUGCGGCCAUGAUUAAUCAUGCGUGUAGGCCUAACUGCACGUUCGUGUACUUCGGUGGAAAUCUGGAGGUACGCACGCUGGAGCCGGUGUCUGCCGGGACAGAGCUAAGCGUGUACUACAUCGACCUGCUUCAAAGCACCGCCGCGAGACGGCAAGAGCUUCUUACGUCGAAGCACUUCCUGUGCAAAUGCUCCAGGUGCGAGAAUCCCUCGAGUAUGGACGACUACCUCGACGGCGUGUGUUGUGCCGACUGCGGAGAGAGGGGCUGUCUCACGCCCACCCCCCCGCCAAGCGCGGAAGACAUCCUCGCGGCCCAAUUGGCACAGCUCGGCGAGGGCUUGGCCGACGAGUCCGCGGCUGACGGAAGCGGCAAGGGCAAGGGCAAGGGCAAGGGCAAGGGCAAGACAAAGGGCGGCGGUGGUAGUACCGCUUCGCGACGUGAAAAUUCGGUCAAUCCCUCCGCCGCCUUGGGCGCGAAGGACGGCAGGGGGAACGGUAGCAUGGCUGGUGGCGUCCGUGGCGGAAGUGAGAGCGUGGUGCAGAAGAUGUACUGCUCUGCGUGUGGGCGGGAGUACCCGGGCACGACGGUCGAGGAGAGCGUGGCACGAGCCAAGGCCUCAUGGGAUGCCGCUAUGGCGGUCGUUAGGGCGAAAAUGUUUUCUUUGGCCAGAAAGUCUCUUGAAAAGUGGCUCCAGGACUACGAUGCAGGUGCUGUUCUGCCGCCAACCGCGACCAAGAAAAAGUCGGUCAAGAAGGAUAGGUUGAAGCUCCACCCGGCGAACGUCAUGGUUGUGCAAACUUUCGUGACGCUGUCAAACUGCUGCACAUUUGAGGAAGAUCACGCGGCUAGUGCACGGCACUUGCGACGGGCUGUCUCGGCUAUGGAGGCGGUGUACCCGCCCAAUUACCCCGAGCUCGGAGACUUUCACGCCGCGCUGGCAGACGUGAACGACGCCUUGCUACAGAAACGCGGCCAAACCUUGCCCAAGAAGUCGAGAAGCCAGGCGGUUAGCGAACGAAAGCAGGCACUGGAGAGAGCGGCGACGAUUAGGUCGGUAUGUUUGGGAAAAGACCACCCAGCCACGAGGGAAGCAGCUAGAGCGUUGGAUCGAGUCACCGGGUGACGGUAUGACGCGCACUCGUGAUGGUCGUUGUUGGGUGGAGAGCAACGACGACCUUGACAUGCAGCCUGGUACGGGAGUAAUGUACGAUGCUCAGAAGGAGGGACUUGACCAAAAUGCGACAUGAUCUACUUCCUUCCCCUUGGUGCGUCAUGGAGUUGGCAAUGGCCAGACUUCGGCGAUGGCGCGACAGUGCUGUGGAGUCGGCGGGAUGCGCGUAGCACUUUCCUGAUUGGUUGGCGAUUUUUCCGUCGUAGAUGAGGUGCUUCGUGUUCGCUGAUUGGUUGGGCUUGUUGUUGUCUUCACAUUUAAAACAGUUCCGAUCUCUCUCUACCCAGUACCUUCGUAUGUCCGUACCGAUCCAACACUCGACGCGGUCGAUUCCCGUGGUCACAGGUUAACUUACCCUAGAAAGGCUGCGAGGUUACCCACUGGACCACCGGGACGACCAGGGUCGAUCCCGGACUGUUCACCGUGGUAGAUUACGUGCUUCGUGCUCGCUGAUUGGUUGGAAUAUUCACUGUCGUAGAUGAGGUGCUUCGUGGGCGCUGAUUGGUUGCAGUAACUCCGUCGUAGAUUUAAGUGCUUCGUUCGCGCCGGUGCUGACCGAAACGACCAGAAC